AUGGCGACAGAGAAGCCCUACUACGAGUCGUGCGCCUACAAUAGUGAGCCCAUCGGCGACGUUCUUGAGCAACUGCUGCGCACAAAACGGAUCUGCUGUCCCGUAGAUGUUUGUACGAGUUCCUCCAGUAGCGGGGGUAAAAGUAGUCCUUGUGCUGGCGGCGUGUCUGUGCUGGAGGUGGCGGCCGGGACGGGGCAGCACGCUGUUUACAUGACGCAGCGCUUUCCUCCCCCGCUUAUUACCCGUUGGGUCUGCACAGACUUGCCUGAGAUGCUGCCGGGGAUUUGUCGAUGGCUGCAGGAAGACGGUAAAGAUCACCCUGCCCUCGUCAAGCGGCCGUAUGCGCUAAGCUUCACGGACAUGGAGGCUCGUUGGCUUGAGAUUCGCGCCCUGGCCACUGAGUUCCCGCAUCUUGGCUACGAUCUCGUCUUUACCGCAAAUAGUUUUCACAUUGCGCCGUGGCGUGCGUGUCGCACCCUCAUUCAGCGCCUACCGCUCGUUGUAAGACCGGGCGGAAUGUUUAUUGUGUACGGUGCGUUCAACUACAACGGCGCCUACACGUCCGAAAGCAACCGGCGCUUUGAUGCCCAGCUCAAGCAAUGUGACCCUGAGCGAGGCAUUCGAGAAAAGGAGGCGGUGGAGUCCCUUCUGGCGCAGGUGGACUUUAAGCUGGAGGAGGACUACGCAAUGCCGGAGAACAAUCGUUGUCUGUGUUUUCGCCGCCACACACGGGCGCAUUAG